CGGCAAACUUAAUUUUAGCUUUAAAUUUAGUUUUAAACUUCAUUUUAUUAGUGAAUUGUGAAUGUCCGCCUAACGUUAAAGUCCACAGUUGGACUGAUGACACAUUUAAAAAUGUUAACCCAAGCGGCUCCAACCUGGUGAUAUAUUGCUACCAUUCAUUAAGAAAUCCUAAAAAAUCUCUAUCAAAAACAUGGACAUCUGUCAAGUUUUUCUUGAAACCAAAUGGUCUCUUCACAUUGUAUGAAGGCAAAAAUGCAAGUGAAGUAUGUUCCAAGUUUGAAGAAAGUUCCAAAAUUUGGCUUCACCUGUCACCAUUUUGGCAGAAGAACACCUUUUUUGUGUCUCCAUUUAAAGAUUCCUGCAUUGGGAUAGUCUCCAAUGAUGAUUAUGAUGUCCAGCUCAUUGUCAAACACUUUGAUAUCGGCAUGUUUGCUUGUUUCAUGAUUGGUGUUAUACUUUUUCUCAUGGCUCCUAUACUAAGUAGUAAUGUUGUCUUCCACUACGGAGCUGGAGUUUCAUUUGGGGUGCUGGCUUCCUUGCUUGUUCUUGGUUUUGUUCUUGGGAAGUUUCUGCCAAAAAAAUCAGUAUUUUACAGUGUGCUGGUCGCUAGUCUAUCACUGAGUGCCUACAUGUGGAAUCGGGUGUAUGAAAACUUUGUCGAUCUCAUGGGCAACCAUUUUGAUUACCUCAUCGUAUAUGUCAUCAUCACGAGCGUCAUCAGCUUUGCUGUCUGCUACUAUAAGGGCCCAGUAUCAAACCCCAGGUUGUUAACUCUGAUCAAAUGGUCCAUCCAACUGAUAGGAGUAAUUUUCAUGUACUUUGGUUGUCAGUUGGAACCAAUCUGUGCACUAACUGUCUUCCUGUUAUUCAUCCUCAAAUUUGCCAAGUCCAAAAUUAAUAUUCCAUUCGUAGUUUGUUUCACUGACUUGUGGUAUCGUAUGUUUCCACCUCGCAUAAGACUUCUCACAGAGGAGGAAUACAACAUGCAAGGCUCCAUCGAGACGAAGAUGGCUCUGGAACAGCUGAGAGAGUACUGUCGUAGUCCUGAAUGUAAUGUAUGGAAAACCAUCUCUAGAUUGAAAUCACCAAAUAGAUUCGCAGCAUUUGUUGAGGGAAGUGUGGACCAUGUAUCUGAUGAGGAAUUAAAUGAGCACAUCUAUGGCGACAAGUUUCGCGUUGCAUCAAUGUAUUUGGAUGAUUGAUUUGGGAUUCUACAAAUUGGAUUUUAUUGUUAAUUUUGGUUUUUUAACUUGUAAUGGAAUCACUAAUUUGGGAUACUUCAAAUUCAAUGGUGUCGUUAAUUUGGGUUUCUCCGUUAUUAGCAUUAGUGGUUUUGGUUUCUCGAAAUUUCAUGAAGUCAUUAACUUUUUUAUUUCCACCACUUUUAAUGCAAUUGCAUAAUUAAUUUUUCAAUCUCCCAUUUUUUUAUAUGCUCUCUUUACGAAAUUUUGUUGAUUUGUUUUUUAAAAAUAAAUCUAUUCUUUGACG